CUCGGAUGGAUUCAUUUGCCCGGCUUCCAGCUCAAGGACCACGUCUACACGUUCGCCACGGUAUAAAGAGGGGAACGCGCCAUCGGCGUCAUUUAUUUGCCAAUUUCUAUUCCAUACAAUCAUCUUCCCCUGAAGUACACUUCCAGUCAUCAUGGUCCAGAUUACUAUCCCCGAGAACUACGGCGCCGCCAUUGCCGUUGCCCUGGGCGCCAUCCCCGUCCUGGGCUUCGUCCAUGGAGCGAUUACCACCUCUCUCCGCAGAGCCGCCAAGGUCCCCUACCCGCACUGCUACGCCACCGUUGAGCAAUGCAAGGAGAACGCCAAGGCUGAGCAAUUCAACUGCGCCCAACGCGCCCACUCCAACUUCCUUGAGAAUGCCUCCCAGACUAUGCUCUUCACCCUCGUCGCGGGCCUGAAGUACCCCCAGCUGGCGGCGGGUAUCAGUGCCGCUUGGGUGCUCCUCCGCUCGCUGUUCCUGUACGGGUACGUGUACUCGGGUAAGCCGCAGGGCAAGGGCCGUAUGUUGGGCGGCACCUUCUGGUUUGCGCAGGCUGCGCUGUGGGGAUUGAGUGUGUUUGGCGUGGCCAGGGAUUUGAUUUCUUUCUAGAUAAAACUGAGGACUAUGGUCUACUCUAAUGUAUCUGUAUCUUGAAAUUUGCGAUACUUAAUGAAUAGCUUUCUUUAUGGGUG